AUGGUGAGUGAGCAUUUUUUUGUGAUUUAUUGAAUGAUUCUGUUUUUGUAGAUAACUAUAUUUCUAAUUUGAAAGUUGUUUCUAUGCUAAUCUCACAAAUAAAGUAAUGUUCAGUUUUAUAUCUUGUUCACUAAACAACUAAAUAACAAAAUAGCAAGCUAGCUGGUGGUGGUGGUUAAGAUAGCUAGCUAAGUUAAUUUCAAUAGCCUUGUUAGCUAGAAAACGUGAAUACUGCCUGAUGACUGAGGCUUACUGAGGGCUGUAUGAAAGGAGAGUAAUCAGGGUGGUGAUGAAGUCCAGGUGUGCUUAGCGAUGGGGAGCGGGUGUGCGCAAUGAUGGUUUCCAGGUGUGCGCAAUGUGGGUUGCCAGGACCGGUGGUUAGUAGGCCAGCGAUGUCGAGCGCCGGAGGGAGCAGGGAUAGGCGUGACAGUACCCCUCCCCCGAUUCACGGCUCCAGCCGCAUGACGACGCUGGCCAGGAAGACGGAGAUGGAAAUCCCGGAUGAUGUUGGGGUGCCCCUCCCAGUCUACCAGGUACUGGAGCCAACCCCCACAACAUCGGGAGUCCAGGAGGGACUUAACAUCAUAGGCGGGGGUCCCCUCGAUGUCCAGGGGAGGCGGAGGGUUGUCACAGGGGAUGGCCUCAGCCAGGGGACGAGGAACCACCGGCCUGAGGAGGGAAACAUGAAAGAAGGGUGAGAACCGGUAGUUGGUGGGGAGUUCUAAAUGAUAGGUUACCUCAUUGACUCUCCGGAGGACCUUGAAGGGCCCCACAAACCGGGGACUCAGCUUCCGGGAGGGCAGGCGGUGCGGAAGGUUCCUGGUGGAGAGCCCGACGCAAUCACCAGGAUGGAACAUGGGAGGCGGUCCACCUGAUCCUUCUGACGGCGCACACUGGAACGUCUUGUCCACUGCAGGGGCCUCGUCUGGCUCGGAGUCCAUGGAGCCAGGGCCGGCUGAUAUCCCAGGACGCACUGGAAGGGGGUCAGCCCGGUGGAGGAGUGACAAAGUGAGUUCUGGACGUAUUCCGUCUAGGGAAGGAACCGGGCCCACUCCCCCUGCCGGUCCUGGCAGUGACUCCUUAGGAACCUCCCCAGAUCCUGAUUGGUCCUCUCCAUCUGCCCGUUAGACUGAGGCCGGUACCCGGAUGUGAGGCUGACCAUGGCCCACAGCUUCUCCAUAAAGGCUUUCCAGACCCGCGAUGUGAAUUGGGGACCACGGUCGGAAACUAUGUCCUCUGGAAGGCCAUAGUGCCAGAAGACCUGAUGGAAUAGUGCCUCAGCGACCUGGAGAGCGGUAGGUAGACCAGAGAGAGGGAUAAAACUGAAGGAUUUAGAGAAUCUGUCAACAACAACCAGAAUAGUGGUAAAACCAUCAGAAAGAGGGAGACCUGUUACAAAGUCUAUGGACAGAUGUGACCAAGGCCGCUGAGACACGAGAAGGGGAAGUAGUUUUGGAUUGAGUACAUACCGAACAUGAGUUGACAUAGUGGGUGACGUCCUGCUCCAAAAUGGGCCACCAGUGUUUAUUGGAAAGUGAUUAGAUGGUGCGGGUGAUACCGGGGUGUCCAGCGGCGAGAGAUGUGUGUGCCCAGGUCAACAGCUGAUCUCUUACCCCCGUGGGGACAUAGUUGCGCUGGCGGAUGUCCACAUCUACGUCCCAAAACACGGGGCCAACGAUAUGGGAGGACCGAUUAAUGGGCUGGAGGACACUCACAGGGCCCUCCACCGACGUGGAACCACAGGGUGAGGGAAAACAGGUCCUCUGGCAUCCUGGUCCCCAGGUGGUGAUUCUCAUCUUUGACCAGGAGAUGGUGGGGUUAUGAAGUUGGAGCCACGGGAGGCCGAGGAUGACUUUGUGUGUGGGUGCGGUGAUGAUGAGGAUGGGAAGGCUUUCCUGGUGCUUUCUCUCCUCAAUGUGGGUUGUCAGGACCGGUGGUUAGUAGACAGGCGACAUCAAGCACCGGAUGGAGGGAGCAGGAGUAGACGUGACUGUUGUUGUAUUCUGAUUCAUCAAUAUACACUACCGUUCAAAAGUUUGGGGUCACUUAGAAAUGUCCUUGUUUUCGAAAGAAAAGCUUUUUUUUUGUCCAUUAAAAUAACAUCAAAUUGAUCAGAAAUACAGUGUAGACAUUGUUAAUGUUGUACAUGGCUAUUGUAGCUGGAAACGGCUGAUUUGUUAUGGAAUAUCUACAUAGGCGUACAGAGGCCCAUUAUCAGCAACCAUCAGUCCUGUGUUCCAAUGGACCCGGUGCACAACUGAGCAAGAGGACAAAUACAUUAGAGUGUCUAGUUUGAGAAACAGGCGCCUCACAGGUCCUCAACUGGCAGCUUCAUUAAAUAGUACCCGUCAACAGUGAAGAGGCGACUCCGGGAUGCUGACCUUCUAGGCAAAGUUGCAAAGAAAAAGCCAUAUCUCAGACUGCCCAUCUUAAUCUUUUCUUUUUAUUGGCCAGUCUGAGAUAUGGCUUUUUUUUUGCAACUUUGCCUAGAAGGUCAGGAUCCCGGAGUCGCCUCUUCACUGUUGAUGUUGAGACUGGUGUUUUGCGGGUACUAUUUAAUGAAGCUGCCAGUUGAGGACAUGUGAGGCACCUGUUUCUCAAACUAGACACUAUAAUGUAUUUGUCCUCUUGCUCCGUUGUGCACCGGGGCCUCCCACUCCUCUUUCUAUUCUGGUUAGAGCCCAUUUGCGCUGUUCUGUGAAGGGAGUAGUACACAACGUUGUACGAGAUCUUCAGUUUCUUGACAAUUUCUCGCAUGGAAUAGCCUUCAUUUCUCAGAACAAGAAUAGACUGACGAGUUUCAGAAAAAAGUUAUUUGUUUCUGGCCAUUUUGAGCCUGUAAUCGAACCCACAAUUGCUGAUACUCAACUAGUCUCAAGGCCAGUUUUAUUGCUUCUUUAAUCAGCACAACAGUUUUCAGCUGUGCUAACAUAAUUGCUAAAUGGUUUUCUAAUGAUCAAUUAGCCUUUUAAAAUGAUCAACUUGGAUUAGCAAACACAACGUGCCAUUGGAACACAGGACUGAUGGUUGCUGAUAAUAGGACUCUGUACGCCUAUGUAGAUAUUCCAUUAAAAAUCAGCCGUUUCCAGCAACAAUAGCCAUUUACAACAUGAACAAUGUCUACACUGUAUUUCUGAUCAAUUUGAUGUUAUUUGAAUGGACAAAAUUAUUGCUUUUCUUUCGAAAACAAGGACAUUUCUAAGUGACCCCAAACUUUUGAACAGUAGUGUAUAUCUUCCAUUUUAGUCAGUGAGUGCAUACAUUUUUUCAUACUUGCCCCCCGUGGGAAUCGAACCCACAACCCUGGCGUUGCAAGCGCCAUGCUCUACCAACUGAGCUACAUGGGACCACUUCUUCUUCUUCAUGUGGUUUUCCGGCAGACUAGAGGCUUUGUUGUGAAUUGCUGCCUUUCACAGUUCGGAAAGUGCAUUACACAUUUGUUCACAAAGAAAAGGGAAAUGGAGAAAUAAUGAAAUUGCACCACCAUCUAACCCUAUGUGCCCUAGCGCCUCAGAAAAUAUUCAUAACCCUUGACUUAUUCCACAUUCUGUUGUGUUACAGCCUGAAUUAAAACAUUCUUAAAUAGAUUGUUUUCUCACCCAUCUACACACAAUACCCCAUAAUGACACAUUGUAAACAUGUUUGGACAUUUUAGUAAAUGUAUUGAAAAUGAAAUACAGAAAUAUCUCAUUUACAUAAGUAUUCACAACCCUCAGUCAAUACUUUUUCGAAGCACCUUUGGCGGCGAUUACAGCUUUGAGUCGUCUUGGGUAUGUCUGUAUCAGCUUUGCACAUCUGGAUUUGGGGAUUUUCUCCCAUUCUUCCUUACAGAUUUUCUCAAGCUCUGUUAAGUUAGAUGGGGAGUGGUGGUGAACAGCCAUCUUCAAGUCUUUCCACAGAUUUUCAAUGGGAUUCAAGUCUGGGCUUUGGCUGGUCCACUCAAGGACUUUCACAUUCUUGUUCUGAAGCCAUUCCAGCAUUGCUUUGGCUGUAUGCUUGGGGUCAUUGUGCUGUUGGAACGUAAAUCUUCGCUCACAGUCUAAGGUUGUUUGCACUCUGAAGCAGGUUAUCAUCAAGGAUUUGCCUGUAUUUGGCUCCAUUCAUUGUUCCCUCCAUGCUAAUCAGUCUCCUAGUCCCUGCCUCUGAAAAGCAUCCCCAUAGCAUGAUGCUGCCACCACCAUCCUUCAUGGUAGGGAUGGUGUUAGACAGGUGAUGAGCUGUGCCUGGAUUUCUCCAGACAUUGCGCUUUGCAUCCAGGCCAAAGAAUUACAUUUUUAUCUCCUCAUUGAUUGGAGUCCACCUGUGGCCAAUUCAAUUGUUUGGACACUAUUUACAAAGAAACACACCUGCUCUGACUAGGAGUCCAAGGAACUGUCUGUAGAUAUCCGAGAUAGAAUUGUGAUGAGGCGGGGGAAAGGGUAUAAAUCAUUGGAUGCACCUGAGCUCAAUUUGGAGUGUCAUAGCAAAGGGUGUGAAUACUUACAGUACCAGUUAAAAGUUUGGACACAUAUACUCAUUCAAGGGUUUUCUUUAUUUUUACAUUGUAGAAUUAUAGUGAAGACAUCAAAACUAUGAAAUAUAUAUAUAUAUAUAUAUAUAUAUAUAUAUAUAUAUAUAUAUAUAUAUAUAUAUAUAUAUUAUAUUAUAUUUGAGAUUCAUCAAAUAGCCACCCUUUGCCUUGAUGACAGCUUUGCACACUCUUGGCAUUCUCUCAACCAGCUUCACCUGGAAUGCUUUUCCAACAGUCUUGAAGGAGUUGCACACUGAGCACUUGUUGACUGCUUUUCCUUCACUCUGCCGUCCGACUCAUCCCAAACCAUCUCAAUUGGGUUGAAGUCGGGGAUUGUGGAGGCCAGGUCAUCUGACGCAGCACUCCAUCACUCUCCUUCUUGGUAAAAUAGCCGUUACACAGCCUGGAGGUGUCUUGGGUCAUUGUCCUGUUGAAAAACAAAUGAUAGUCCCACUAAGCCCAAACCAGAUCGGAUGACGUAUCGCUGCAGAAUGCUGUGGUAGCCAUGCUGGUUAAGUGUGCCUUAAAUUCUAAAGAAAUCAUAGACAGUGUCACCAGCAAAGCAGCCCCACACCAAAACACCUCCUCCUCCAUGAUUUACGGUGGGAACUACACAUAAGUAGAUCAUCCGUUCACCCACACCGGGUCUCACAAUGACACGCUGGUUUGAACCAAAAAUCUCCAAUUUGGACUCCAGACCAAAGGACACAUUUCCACCGGGCUAAUGUCUAUUGCUCGUGUUUCUUGGCCCAAGCAGGUCUCUUCUUCUUAUUGGGGUCCUUUAGUAGUGGUUUCUUUGCAACAAUUGGACCAUGAAGGCCUGAUUCACAAAAUCCCCUCUGAACAGUUGAUGUUGAGAUGUGUCUGUUACUUGAACUCUGUGAAGCAUUUAUUUGGGUGUCACGAACAUUGAGAGACGGGUCAGACCAAGGUGCAGCGUGAAAAGCGUACAUGUUUAUUUAACUCAAUAAACAUAAACAAAACAAGAAACACCGUAACGUGAAGUCCUCAGGCUAUACACAUACAAGCCUAACACAGAACAUAAACAAGAUCCCACCACUAAGGUACGCAAACAGGGUACCUAAGUAUGAUCCCCAAUCAGAGACAACGAGCGACAGCUGCCUCUGAUUGGGAAUCACACCCGGCCAAACCUAGAAAUACAAUUCUAGAUCCUAAACAUAGAAAUUCUAACAUAGAGUUUCACACCCUGACCAAACUACCUAGAGAAUAACAGUCUCUCCAGGUCAGGGCGUGACAUUGGGCUGCAAUUUCUGAGGCUGGUAACUUUAAUGAACUUAUCCUCUGCAGCAGAGGUAACUCUGGGUCUUCCAUUUCUGUGGCGGUCCUCAUGAGAGCCAGUUUCAUUAUAGUGCUUAAUAGUUUUUGCGACCUCACUUGAAGAAACUUUCAAAGUUCUUGAAAUGUUCAGUAUUGACUGACCUUCAUGUCUUAAAGUAAUGAUGGACUGUCGUUUCUCUUUUCUUAUUUGAGCUGUUCUUGCCAUAAUAUGGAAUUGGUCUUUUACCAAAUAGGGCUCUCUUCUGUAUACCCCCCCCUACCUUGUCACAACACAACUGAUUGGCUCAAAUGCAUUAAGAAGGAAAGAAAUUCCACAAAUUAACUUUUAAGAAGGCACACCUGUUAAUUUAAAUGCAUUCCAGGUGACUACCUCAUGAACCUGGUUAAGAGAAUGCCAAGAGUGUGUAAAGUCUGUCAUCAAGGCAAAGGGUGGCUAUUUGAAGAAUCUCAAAUACAAACUGUAUUUUUAUUUGUUUAACACUUUUUUGGUUACUACAUGAUUCCAUAUGUGUUAUUUCAUAGUUUUGAUGUCUUCAGUAUUAUUCUACAAAAAUAAAGAAAAGCCCUUGAAUGAGUAGGUGUGUCCAAACUUUAGUAGUGUUUAUAAAUGAGAUUUUGAUAUUUCCUUUUAAAUACAUUUGCUAAAAACAUGUUUUCAAUUGUCAUUAUGGGGUAUUGUGUGUAGAUGGGUGCAUUUUUUUUUCUUUAAUCAAUUUUGAAUUCAGACUGUAACACAACCAAAUGUUGAAAAAGUCAAGGGGUGUGAAUAGUUUCUGAAGUCACUGUAUAUACCACUAUCCCCAACACACCCCACCAACCCUUUCCACUACUUUGUCCCUAACAGAUCCUACACCAGGCCGUCGGCCUGGGAGGCUGUAAACCCUUCUCUCUAAACCCUCUGUAGUUCUUUUUUACUAAAAUCUCUGACACCCAAAAAUGUCUCUGCUGCUGCUACCGCCAAUUUAGUCUUCUGGGAUUUUUCUUUCCAUCUGUGCGGUACAGUUAAUGCAAUAAAUGCCAAGAAGCCAACCUUACUAAAACACAAACUGUUUGGGUCACUCUGUACUGGCCUACUACUCACAGGGAUCCUCUCAGGAAGACAGACAGGGUUCUGCAUUGAACCAAACAACGUGCAUCACAGACACCGGGGAUCCUCAGUUGAUCCACCUCAACACUCAACACCAAACUCAGUUAUCACUCUGUUCAGUGAUGCUCUGCUCCGGAGAGCAAAGCAGGACGCAGUUCUCGUCCCAAGUCACAAAAUGCGCAGCACCCUCUGGGCAACAGACACACAAAACAUCAACACAAGUCCACCUCUGGAUACUUUGACCGAAUUGACAGAACCCAACUGCUUCUUCACCCAGACUGAUACCAGAAAUGGAUCGUCCAAAAGGCAUGGAUCUACGUUCUCCAAGAAUCGUACUCCCACUGGACCGAAGUCAUCUCUGGCAUUUUCCUGAUCAUUGGGGUGAGGCUCGGAAGCCUUCCCCUCACAUUUUUGGCGCAGGUUCUUCCUCUUCACUUCUGUCAGGUUCAAUUUCUAAGAGGUCACUAUCUGUUGACUGCUCAGGCUUUUCAGGAGAGGAACAUGUAAUUACUGUAUCCCUCCUGUACUUGACUCAAAGGAGAAAGUACUCAGUUUGUAUUUUGCAGAUGUCGGUUUGGGUUUGAACCUCACACCCUUCUUUCUGCCUCACGUCAUCUCGCCAUCCGCCAUCUUGCCUUCUUCCCUGAGCACCACCCUCACCAUUGAAACGAACCCACAACCCUUGUGUUGCAAGUGCCAUGCUCUACCAACUGAGCUACACGGGGCCAGUAUGGCGUUUCCUCCAACACAUUGGUGCGGCUGGCUUCCGGGUUAAGCGUGCAGUGUCUCAGGAAGCAGUGCGGCUUGGCAGGGUUGUGUUUCGGAGGACGCAUGGCUCUCGACCUUUGCCUCUCCCGAGGCCGUAGGGAAGUUGCUGCGAUGGGACAAGACUAACUACCAGUUGGGGAGAAAAAUAUUUUGUGUGUCAUCGCUGCUUUUCCUUGCCCCAUUGAAUAAAAUGUACUGUAUUUCUUAUAGCCCAACUAUUCUUUAUUUACAAUUUAAACACAUUUAGCAUAGACAAUGUAAUUGUUGUCUUAGGAAAACCAUCUUCAUUAUCACAUUGGCACAUCUAAGUGCCACUGAGACCUUCUGGGAGAAAAGUAUCUGGUAUUGAACUUGGUAGUAGUAUUUGUGUAUGUUAUAAACUAAGGAUCCCAUCAUCUCGUGCUUUCAGACAUUUCACUUCCUAGAUUACAAGGGUUGGAUUUGCACUAAACAACACAAGGCAUGUACAAAAUCUAGUAUAAUGAUUAGCCUCAUAUACAGUGCAUUCGGAAAGUAUUCAGACCCCUUGACUUUUUCCAAAUUUUGUUACGCUACAGCCUUAUUCUAAAAUUGAUUAAAUAGAUUUUUUUCCUCAUUAAUCUACACACAAUACCAUAAUGACAAAGCAAAAACAGGUUUUUAGACAUUUUUGCAAAUGUAUCAACCAAAAGCCUCAAGUCUUCUUGGGUAUGAUGCUACAAGCGUGAAUUUUGGGAGUUUCUCCCAUUCUCCUCUGCAGAUCCUCUCAAACUCUGGCAGGUUGGAUGGGGAGCGUCGCUGCACAGCUAUUUUCAGGUCUCUCCAGAGACGUUCGAUCAGUUUCAAGUCCGGGCUCUGACUGGGCCACUCAAGGUCAUUCAGAGACUUGUCCCGAAGCCACUCCUGCGUUGCCUUGGCUGUGUAGUUAGGGUCGUUGUCCUGUUGGAAGGUGAACAUUUGCCCCAGUCUGAGGUUCCUGAGCUCUUUUCAUCAAGGAUCUCUCUGUACUUUGUUCCGUUCAUCUUUCCCUCGAUCUUGACUAGUCUCCCAGUCCCUGCCGCUGAAAAACAUCCCCACAGCAUGAUGCUGCCACCACCAUGCUUAACCGUAGGGAUGGUGUCAGGUUUCCUCCAGACGUGACGCUUGGCAUUCAGGCUAAAGAGUUCAAUCUUGGUUUCAUCGGACCAGAGAAUCUUGUUUCUUAUGGUCUGAGAGUCCUUUAGGUGACUUUUGGCAAACUCCAAGCGGGCUGCCAUGUGCCUUUUACUGAGGAGUGGCUUCUGUCUGGCAACUCUACCAUAAAGGCCUGAUUGGUGGAGUGCUGCAGAGAUGGUCAUCAUUCUGGAAGGUUCUCCCAUCUCCACAGAGGAACUCUGGAGCUCUGUCAGAGUGACCAUCGGGUUCUUGGUCACCUCAUCCCCCGAUUGCUCAGUUUGGCCGGGCGGACAGCUCUAGGAAGAGUGUUGGUUGUUUCAAACUUCUUCCAUUUAAGAAUGAUGGAGGCCACUGUGUUCUUGGGGACCUUCAAUGCUGCAGAAAUAUUUUGGUAUCCUUCCCCAGAUCUAUGCUUCGACACAAUUUUGUCUCGGAGCUCUACGGGCAAUUCCUUUGACCUCAUGGCUUGGUUUUUGCUCUGACAUGCACUGUCAACUGUGGGACCUUAUAUAGACAGGUGUGUGCCUUUCUAAGUCAUGUCCAAUCAAUUGAAUUAAGGAUCAUCAAUGGAAACAGGAUGCACCUGAGCUCAAUUUUGAGUCUCAUAGCAAAGGGUCUGACUACCUAUGUAAAUAAGGUAUGUCUGUUUUUUAUUUUUAGUAAAUGUGCAGAAAUGUCUAAACCUGUUUUCACUUUUCGUUUUGGGGUAUUGUGUGUAGAUUGAUGUGGGAAAAAAAACUAUUUAAUCAAUUUUAGAAUAAGGCUGUAACGUAACAAAAUGUGGAAAAAGGGAAGGGGUCUGAAUACUUUCCGAAUGCACUGUACAUUGUCUACUGGUAUCGUUUUUAAAUUGAGAACAUAUAGCUCAACGCUAUGUAAACAAUGUGUCAGUUAAGUUAUUCUCUGCUUCAGAUGCACAAUAUCAUGGUGUGCAUUGCAAAUGGCCAUAAGGCAAAUGCCUUCAUACUGUAGGCCAGUGGUUGCCAACUCUGGUCCACGAAUACCCCCAACAGUACACAUUUUUAUUGUAGCCCCGGGCAAGCACACCUGAUUCAACUUGUCAACUAAUCAUCAGGCCCUCAAUAAGUUGAAUCAGGUAUGUUUGUCCGGGGCUACAAAAGAAAUGUGUGCUGUUGGGUGUACUCAAGGACUGGAGUUCGGAACCACUGCUGUAGGCCUAUGGCUGCAUUGGCGUUGUAUGCCAUUAUCAGCUGCAAAAUGGAUUCACAUGCCUGAUAUCCUGAAAAAAAGAGUGACAAUCAAAAGUAAUUGGAGAGCUUACAACUGAACAAAAAGAUAGUGUUCAUUUGAGAAUACAACAAAGAAACAGACAAAUUAGAGACAUGUUCCCUUCCCCUCUUUAUUGCAGGAUUGUGACCUGUGAUUAAACAACAUUGACACUAGUUCAUCUUCAAUAAUAGUUUAAGUUAGCAAUUAAAACAAGUUUAAACACUUCACAAAGAAUCAACACUUUCAUAUAAUUUCAAAGAGUACAAGUAAGCUAACUCAUAUCUAAAGGUUAGACAUCUUAGUAACAAGUAGGCUAUUAUUACUAAAGCAUAAUUUCAGGUGGAAAAACAAAAAGUCCAUACCAGAGGUGGCCAACCUUGCUCAACUGAUCCCUGGUCUACUGGGUGAGCAGACUUCUAUUCAAUCCCAGCAACAGCACACUUCAUUAUCAACUAAUUAGGUUUGAUACAUUUAAUCAGGUGUGUUAGUGCUAGGCUGGAACAGAAGCCUGCACACCCAGCAGGGUUGGCCUGCUCCAGUUGUAAUACGUUUACACAUUGUGUGUGGCUUUUAAACUCUUUAUUUUUUAUUUUUACAUACAGUACUAGUCAAAAGUUUGGACACACCUACUUAUUCAAGAGAUUUUCUUUAUUUUUACUAUUUUCUACAUUGUAGAAUAAUAGUGAAGACAUCAAAACUAUGAAAUAACACAUAUGGAAUCAUGUUGUAACCCAAAGAAGUGUUGAGAUUCUUCAAAUAGCCACCCUUUGCCUUGAUGACCAUCUUAACUAUUUCAAAAUUCUCUCUUGGACCGAGGGUGCCACUGGUUUUAAGUCGCACACAGGGUUACCUCAUCAGGAGAGCAUGAGUCCAACUCACACUCUGUGUCUGUGUCUGUGUGUUUCAGCAUGGGGGGAGCCGUCCCAGCCCUUUCCAGCGCAUAUGAAGCGUAUCGUCGGGGGGCGUAGUGCUGUGCCAGGCCUUCCCCUGGCAGGUCCUCUUCACCGUGGAAGCCACUGUGGUGCCUGUGUCACCCGAACACGUCCGCGUCUACCUGGGCCUGCACGACGUCAGCGCCAAGCAACACGCCACCAACCGCUCAGUGGAGCAAGUCAUCCUCCACCCUUACUUCGACCCUUGCAACUACAACAACGACAUCGCCCUGGUCAAGCUGAGUCAGGCGGUGCCUGUGGGGGAGCUGGUGCGGCCUGUCUGCCUGCCUCCAGACAGCCCCCAGAGCUCCCAGCUCAACACCUUGGGCCUGGUGGCCGGCUGGGGCAUCUCCAACCGCAACGCCUCCGCGGCCGCUGACACUGCCAUGCUCUCCUCCGACCUGGGCAUGGUGUCGGACGUGAUGCAGUAUGUCAAGCUGCCCGUGGUGGCGCAGGAGGAGUGCAAGGCCAGCUACCCCUCAUGCUCCAUCAACUACAACAUCACUGACAACAUGUUCUGUGCCGGCUUCUACGAGGGCAGGCACGACACGUGCCUGGGGGACAGCGGGAGGCCUUUGUGA